UGUCCUUUUACUGUGCCUAGUCUAAAACCCCAGGGCCAGGAUGGAUGAGGAGUUUGAGAAAGGUCGCAUCAAGGAGCUUCAGCAGCAACGGAUGACUGUGCAGAAAAAAACUUUCACCAAUUGGAUAAACCAGAUAUUUUCCAAAAACCAGGUGAAGUUUUUCGUUAAUGAUUUGUACAUUGAUCUGAAAGAUGGAAUCAUCCUCAUUUCUCUCCUGGAACUCAUCUCGGGAGAGAAACUGAAGAGACCCAGCAGAGGUAGAAUGAGAGUCCACUACCUGGAGAACAACAGCAUUGCCAUUACCUUUUUGAGAACCAAGAUAAACGUGAGACUGAUUGGACCUGAGAAUGUUGUGGAUGGUGACCGCACCCUGAUCCUGGGUCUGAUCUGGAUGAUUAUUCUACGUUUCCAAAUCGCCUCCAUCACAGUUGAAGAAGAUGAGUGUGACGCAAGCAGUGCCAAACGUUCGGCCAAGGAGGCUUUGUUGAUUUGGUGCAAACGAAAGACUGCCGAUUAUAAAAAUGUUGACAUACAGAACUUCUCAUCGAGCUGGAAUGACGGACUGGCCUUCAAUGCAAUCAUUCAUGCACAUAGACAUGAUCUGGUAGACUACAAGAGCCUGAAACCAAACUACCCAGUGCAUAACCUGAAUAAAGCCUUCGAUGUUGCGGAGAAAGCACUGGGCAUUCACACACUCCUAGACGCAGAGGACGUGGCUGUCCCUCAUCCAGACGAGAAGUCCAUUAUGACCUAUGUCUCUCAGUAUUACCACCAUUUCUCCAAAAUGCGGGAAGGCCAAACUGGACAGAAGAGAAUUAUAAAGAUUGUGGAUCUCUUGCAGGAGAUUGAAGAUCUCAAACGUGAGUAUCAGUCGCUGGUGUCUGAUCUGCUCGACUGGAUCAAAGAAAAGAUCAGGGAGUUGAAUGACCGGAAUUUCCCUAACUCGCUGAAAGGCAUGCGGAGACUGAUGGCGGACUUUAAAUUUUUCCGCACUGUGGUGAAACCGCCCAAGUACCAAGAGCGGGGGAUCAUCGAGGCUCAACUCUUCAACAUCAGAACAAGGCAAAGAGCCAACAACAUGCGGCAGUAUGUGCCUCCAGAGGGCAAGGCGCUGAGUGACAUCGAGAGGCACUGGAGCAGCCUGGAGAAGUCGGAGUCCUCGCGGGAGAAGGCGUUGCAACAGGAGAUGCUGAGGCUGGAGCGGCUGGAGCAGUUGGUGCAGAGGUUCCAGAAGAAGGCCAUGCUAAGGGAGUCUUACCUCAGCCACAUGACAUCGGUGCUCGACCAGCAGAACGUCAAUGCGGAGUCCAUGCAGGAGGCAGAGGCUGUCAACAAGAGGCUGGAGGCCAUCACUACUGAUGUGUUUGCCAUGGAGCAGAGGUUUAAGGACCUGAUUGAAAUGGGUCAGGUCAUCGAGAGAGAGAAUUAUCACGGCAGGGCUGCGAUAGUGAAGAAGCAGCAGGAUGUUGAAACUUGCUGGCAAAAUCUCCUCCAAAAACUGAAUAAAUAUAGAGAAUCCCUCAAGAAGGUGUCUGCUGCACUCUCUCUAAUGCAAGAUAUCGACACCAUCUAUCAAGAACUCAUAACUCUUCAGUCCGUGGUGAGUUCAGAUGAUUACGGCAAACACCUAUUUGAUGUCGUGGACAUGGCGCAGAAACACAACCUGGUCGUCUCUCAGAUCUCGUCCCACGGAGAAACCCUGAAGCACAUAAGCCAGAGAGUUGACGAUCUCAGGAGGUGCAGUGAGUUGAGGACUGACGUUGUCAAGAGGAAACUGAAGGCACUAAAUGAUCUCUACAGCAAUCUCCUGGAAUGCAGCAAAGCCAGACAUUGCAAACUGCAGCAGCAGCAGAUCCUGUAUGAAUUUUUCCGAGACAGUGAGGAGGAGGAGUCGUGGAUCUACGAGAGGUGGCAGUUGGUGCGAACGGCUGCCUUGGGGCGAGACAUCACCCAGAUUGCAGUGUCAAUACAAAAGCACAAGGCGUUGGAGGCAGAGUGCAACUCCCACCAGUCUAUCUGUUUCUCAAUGGUGAGAAAGGGCCAGGAGUUAUGCAAAGAAAAUCUGAACAGCGAGAGGGAAGUGAGGAAAUGGGUGACGACUCUUCAGAAACAAUGGCAACAUUUAAUGGACGAGCUGUCGAACCGCCACACACGACUCCAGGCUGCCCUGGCGAUAAAGCAGUAUUUUGCAGAUAUCAAUGAGGCCCAUUCCUGGCUGCUGGAGAAACAGCCUCUUCUGCAGACUGCGGACUGUGGGAAGGAUGAGGCCAGUGCUGAAGCACUCCUGCAGCGCCACAUGCACCUCACAGAGGAGAUGGACGCAUAUUCCAGCGAAGUGACGAGACUCGGUGACCAGGCAACAGCAGCAGUGGAGCAAGUUCCUCUGACAGUGUGUCAGGCUGAGACCCCAGAGAAAGAAGUGUCCGAGAGCUGCUCAUCCGAUGAAGGGGAACGAUUGGAAAUCACAAAGAAAAAUCAUUCUCAAACAGUCGACACCUUGACCCCCACUAAUGUCAAUAAGCAGCAGAACAGGACUGCCAAAGACAGCAUUCAGCCACUGAACAAGCAAGAGGAGGCGGAGAGUGAAGCUGCCACCAAGGGCAGCCCUUUGCAGAGGGUCAGCAAGCCGAGACGGAGCCGUUCGAUGCGUCGUGGUACGACGGAGAUCCAGUACACAUCACACACCAUGCCUGAUGAGGACUUCAGCAGGACAAGCAUUGAACGCAGCCAGCAUGACAUCGAAUCAUCUUACGCCAAUCUCUGCCAGCUAGCUGAGGCCAGAAGGAAAGCCCUGCAAGAAAUGAUCCAACUCUACCACUUCCAUAACACCUGCAAUGACUUCAUCUCCUGGAUGAAUGACGAGGAGAAUGGUUUCCAAACCUUUGUGCCCAACGUAAACAACAUGGAAGCCACGCAGAGGAAAUACGAGAAUUUCCUGACCGAGUUGGCUGCUGGGAAAGGCAGGCUGGAUGAAAUCGACCGACUGGUGGGUAAUUUCAUCGAAAGCGGACACAGCAAGGAUCGGGAAAUCCUGGAAAAGCAGCAGAUGAUUCAUAAAAGGUGGGAUAUAAUGUUGGCUUUGAAGGAGGAGAAAGGGAAGGAACUGAUGGGCACGGCGGACGUCCAAUCCUUCCUGCAGAAGUGUCAGGAUACGACAGCUUUGCUGCAGGACAAGCUCGCCCUGCUGUCCAUUCCUGAUCCAAGCAGCAGUUUGAAGGCAGUGGAUGAGGCAAGGCGCAAGCAACUCACAUCCAAGCGUGAGAUCCAGUCACUGGAGAGCACAAUCCAAUACCUCAUCCAAAUGGCUCACACGAUCCAGGAUGCCAGCCCGGCAGAGAGUGCUGCAAUCAUGCUGCAGGUGCAUGAGUUGGAGGCGCUGCUGCAGAGUGUGAAGGCCGAGGCCUCGAGGAAGAAGCAGCUUCUGAGAGACAGCCACGAUCUGCAGCGCUACAAUCAGGAGAGCAAAGAGCACCUACUGUGGGCCAGCACCAUGAAGGAGAAGAUGAAGAGCAAAGAGAUGGGAUUUGACGUGGACUCUGCCGAAAACCUUCUGAAGGAACAUGCUGACCUGCUGCUGGAGAUCAACUCGCACAAAAACAGCUUCCAGGAGCUGAAUGACUUGGGGAAUCAGGUGGUAAAGAGGACCCCCUCCAGCGACGUUUCCCGAUUACUGCAGAAAAUGAUGGGUCUACAGGUGGAGCUGGAUGACGCAUGGAAGGAACGCAACGCCAAAUUGGAGGAAGGACUUGCGCUGCAGCAGUUUAACCACGAGGCAGAUCGCAUCGAGGCAACUCUGUCCAGUCACGAUGCCUUCCUGAAGAUCGGUGAUCUUGGGGACUCUGUGGGCACCGUGAGCAGCCUAGUGAAGAGGCAUGAAGACUUUGAGAAUGUGCUGAGGUGGACAGACCAGAGGAUUCAGGGGAUACAGGACCGAGCCUCUAAACUCAACCAGAGCAACAAUUACGCCAACAAAACGAUCCAGAAGAGAGUUUUUCUGAUCAUUGACAGAUGGAGUGAUCUUAAACGGAGCAGUGACUAUCGGCGAAACAGGCUGUCAGAAUCGCAGAAACUUCAGGAAUUUCGCAGAGAUGCAGCUGAGCUCCUGAUGUGGAUCGAUGAAAAGUACGUGGUUGCCUCCGAUGAAUCAUACCGAGACCCCGCAAACAUCCUGCGCAAACUGAAGCGACAUGAGGCCAUGGAGAAGGAGGUGAUGGCAAACCAGAUACGAGCGGAUGAUCUGAAGCAGACAGGAAACAAUCUCAUCAAUCAGAAUCAUUAUGCUCGAGAUGCCAUCAAAUCGCAACUUGUGGCGCUGAACGAGAAGUGGGAAGAGCUCCUCGAUAAAAUGGGGGAACGUGGAGAUAAAAUGAGGCAAGCUGGACAACAGGAGCAGCUGAUGGAGCUCCUGCAGGAUGCCAAAGCAAAGCUUGACCAAAUUGAGAAGAUUCUCCAGAGCAAUGACACGGGCCGUGAUCUGCGAUCGAGCAGGCGCUUACUGAAGGAACACAAAUGGCUGGAGGGUGACAUGCGAGAACUCGCCGAGAAAAUGAACAGCAUUGUCAAUCGUGCCAAGAAGAUGGCGACUGGUCACUUUGAUUCACAGAGGAUACUGGAACAGACGCAAAAACAUCUAGACUGGUUUGAAUCACUCAAGAUACCUCUGAAACAGAGAAGGAAACUCCUGGAAGCAAUGGUGGCCCUAUACGAGUUCCACCACAACAGUGAUUUAGAGAUGAAGUGGAUUGCUGAACGCAUGCCCAAUGCUUCUUCAAGUAACUUUGGCAAUUCUGUGGACGCGGCUCAGAGCUUGCUACAGAAACAGAAGGAGUUGCAGGUUGAAGUGAAGACCCAUAAGCAGCAGAUCCAGAAGGUACUGGAGGCUGGCAAGCGUAUGAUCAGCUCUCAGCACUUCAUGGCCCACGGCAUUGAGGGCCAGUGCACGGAGCUGCAGAGCAGCUGGGAAGGACUGGAGAGGGCCUGUGACGACAGGGGGAAGAAAUUGCAGCGAUCGGUGCAGUUCAACCAGUUCCUUGCAGAUGUUUCCGAACUGGACACCUGGGCAUCAGAAAAACUUCAACUUGUGUCAAGCGAAGAUUGUGGGAAGAAUGAAGCUGUUACUCAGAAGCUGGUCAAGAACCACAGGUCUCUCAAGGGACAGAUCCAGAAUACCCAUGGCCUUGCCAAGGAGCUGCAAAAGAAUUCCCAGGAGCUUCCGCUCCGAGGGCUCAUCACGUUUGACAUGGUAGAUGAGCCUCAGGAGCACCUUCGACAGCGGCUGAAGGAGCUGCAGGAUCUUUGGUCCACCAGGAUGCAGAAGCUGGAACAAACGCUGGUAUUCCAUGAGUGUGUGCGGGAAAUGGGGGAGCUCGAGGAAUGGAUCGCACAGCAGUUUCAGGCGGCCAGCUCUGAGGAUUAUGGAAAUGAUCACCAACAUAUCCUGCACCUGCAGGCAUUGUUUGAAGCCUUCCAGCAUCAAGUGGAGACUGGAGAUGAGCGAGUCCAUGGUUGUGAAACCUUAGUCAACGCACUUGUUGAAAAAGGCCACCUGCAGUCGAAGGAAAUUGUCCAGAGGCAGAAUCUGUUGAGGGAUUUAUGGAGCAGUCUGCAGAAGCAAGUUCACAAGAGGGGACAGAAGCUACGCGUUGCUGCAGAAUUUCACAAGUGCAGCCAAGACCUGGCUGAUGCCCUCACCCACAUUGAGGAGAAACGUAAAAGCAUUCCUGAUGACAUUGCAAGUGACCGUCAGAGCGUUCAGGCGCAGCUACAUGUACAUGAAGGGCUGGAGCACGAACUGCCAGGGGUUGAGCAACAGUUGCAGGAGCUGGUGGAUGUAGCAGACAGUGUGCUGCACAGGUGCACCAUGCAGCAGAGUGCAGCCCUGCAGGCCCAGCAACAGGCAGUGGUUGAGAACUGGGAGAGUCUCAGGAGUAAAGUGGAGCAGCGAAGAGAACUUCUGGAGCAGGCCUGUAAAAUCCAACAGUUCCUGGCGCUGGUACGGGAUUACUUCUCCUGGUCGGCUGGGUUGACAAGAGAGAUGAAGCUGGAGGAAACGACCAGAGACAGCUCCACGACUGAUUUAAAACUCAACCAACACCAGCAGAUUCGGGCUGAAAUCGAUGCCAGGGAAGAGGUGUUCGGGCAUUUGGUCAGCCUCGGCCACGAGAUCCUGCAGCUGGAGCCAUCAAACUCCAGAGAAGUCCAAGACAAGGUCGAUAGUCUACAGAAGGAGAGGUCAGAUCUGUACAGGCAGUGGGAGCACAAGAGGAGCUGGCUGGAGAAGAUGUAUCUGGAGCAGGUUUUCUUCAGGGAUGUUGGCCACAUGGAGAAGAUCAUGAAUGGUCAGGAGGUUUACUUGAGGGCGAGUGACCUGGGAACGACCGUGGACACUGUGGACUCGCUCAUCAAACGACACGAUGCCUUCGAGAAAUUACUGGCAACCCAGGAGGAAAAGGUGACGUCACUGCAGGAGCAGGCAGGCUCGUUAACAGAGGAGAGUUUGAAACGUGAUGAUGCCAGUCACAUUCAGCAGAAGCUCAAUGCCAUCCUGGAGAGGAGGAACCGCAUUAAGGAGUUGUCACAGAACCGCAAGAGAGACCUGAGCACUGCCCGCCUGCUGGCACGCUUCAGUCAAGACCUGGCUGAGGAGAAGGGCUGGAUCACCGAAAGGAUGCAGAAAUUAAAGGAUAAUACCUCUACAGACAUCAGCGACCUGCAGGGCAAACUGAAGCUGCUACAGAAGCACCAGGCCUUUGAGGCUGAGAUCCUGGCCCACCAGGCCAUUAUUACAAAUGUUACUGAGAUAGGUGAAUUGCUACUAUCGGGCCAUCAUCCCAAAUCCAACGAAAUCCACCGUAGUUUGCGGCAGCUCCUGGACAGUUGGGAACAGCUGAAGGUAGCGGUGGCUGCACGCGGCAAAAUGUUGGAGGAAAACCGGGAUUUCCUGGAAUUCCUGCAAAAAGUCGAGCAAGUCGAAGCAUGGAUCAGAGAAAAGGAGGUGAUGAUCAGUGUGGGAGACGUUGGCAAGGACUAUGAACACUGCUUACAGUUGCAGAAGAAGCUCAAUAAGUUCCGUGGAACUGGGGACGUGACUGUGGAUGAUGCCCACAUCAGGACCAUCAACAGCCUGGCCAUCCAGCUGGAGAAGAGGAACAAAGACGACCUUGUAACCAUCCUCCAACGCAAGCAGCAGUUGAACGAAAGGUGGAACAGUUUCCAAGGGAACUUGACAAAGUACAGGAAAAAACUGGCCGCUGCCUUGGAGGUUCACGCCUUCAUCCGAGAAAUGGACGAAAUUACAGAAAGGAUGGGCGAGAAGAGUCUGAUGAUGCAGGGACUGGACUAUGGUCGGGAUGUGGAAAAUGUGGAGAAGCUGAUAAGGAAACAUAAAGAGACCGAACUAGAAAUCACCGUUAUCCGGGAUAAAAAAGAGGCACUGGAAGCCGAUGCCAGGCCACUAUGUGAGUUCCGUUUUCCUCUAUCCGACAAGCUGAGUCUGAAGAAAGGGGAGAUGCAGAACAGGUGGCUUCAGCUGAAGAAGGAGGCCAAAGUGCGAAAGGAGAAGCUAGAAGCUUCGUUCCAGCUGCAGAAGUUCAACAGAACUGUCCUGGAGCUGAUAGACUGGGCACACUGGAUGAAAGCCCUGGUGGGAGAAAGGAGACUUGCAAUGAGUAAACGGGAAGCCGAGAGCAUGAUAGAUGAGCACCAAGAGAGAAAGACUGAGAUCCAAGCUAGAGGCGAGCGUUUUGAUGCCGUCAGGAAUGUGGCAGUCGGACUAGUGGCUGAGGGACACUAUGCAUCGACGGACAUCAAACAGUCCCUAUCCAAGGUGGAAGAGACCUGGACAACUCUAAAUGAGGCCUGGCAUGAGCGCAGCCAUAGACUGGCAGAGGCCUGGGAUCUACAGAUAUUCUAUGGCUAUGCGGAGCAGAGCGAGAGCUGGCUAAGCAGCAAGGAGGCCAUCCUGGCCAACGAAGACUAUGGGGAUUCCCUGCCCAGGAUAGAGAAUCUGCAGCAAAAGCACAAACAGUUUGAGAAAACGAUGGAGAGCCAGCUGGAAAAGGUAAACGUGAUGGAGCGAUACGCCCUGCAGCUGAAGCAGAACAAGCACUCGGACAGUGCUCAGAUCAUCACCAAGUGCCAAGCAAUCCUACAGAGAAAACAAAAGUUAAUGGAAAACUGUGAGCACCGUGGGAAGCUCCUAAGCCAGUCCAAACAGCUGCAGAUUUUCCUCAGAAGCUCCUAUGAGGCUGCGUCGUGGCUGAACGAAAAGCUCAGUGUGGCCCUGGACAAGAACUGGAUGGAUCCUAGCAACCUGCAGGGCAAGCUGCUAAAGCACCAAAGCUUUGAGGCUGAGAUCAUGGCUAAUCAAAACAGGAUCCAGAGCAUUAACACAGAAGGCGAGCAACUAAUUAAUGACGGACAUUACGCAGUGCAUGAGAUUGAGCCCAGAAUGAAACAGAUUCAGGACUUGUGGAACGAACUGCUGCUGAGCUGCAAUGAGAAGAAGUUUCAGCUGAUGAAUGCACACAAGGCCCUGAACUUGCAGCGGAGCAUAGAGGAUGUGGAGAAGUGGCUCAGUGAAGUGGAGAAACAGCUGGAUCUCCCUGCCCAUGGCGUGGACCUGGUCUCUGUCAGGAACCUGCUCAACAAACAGCAGGAGCUGGAGGAAGAUAUCAGCAGCUAUGUGGAAAGGAUGCAAGGACUUCUCGAUCAAUCCGAAGACUUUGUUCACAAGAAGCACUUCAUAGCUGAGGAAAUUCGGGACAGAGUUGAUGUAGUGCUCCACAGGUAUCGGGCACUGGGUGAACCCAUCAAGGAAAGGCGCACGUGUUUGCAGUCAAGCCUGCAGCUUUAUCAGUUCUUCCGGGACCUUGAUGCUGAGCUGGAGUGGGUUCAGGAGAAGCUCCAGUUGGCUUUGGCCAAGGAGACUGGACAGUCAUUGAAUGCCGUGCAGAGUUUGCAGAAGAAGCACCAGGCUCUGCAGACUGAGAUCAGCUGCCACGAUUCCCUGAUACAUGAUGUGUUGGAAGAGGGACGGAACCUUGCAAAGAGCGGGCAUUUCAACGCUCGAGAGAUUUCAAAGCGACUGUGGGUGUUGAAAGAUGCGGUGGAGACGCUGAAAGAGGAAGUCGAGAAGAGGGCCAAGUUGCUGAAAGAGGCACAUGCAGCACAACUAUUCUUCGCUGAGCUGUCGGAGGCUGGGCUAUGGAUGGAGGAGAGGAGGCCACAGCUGGAGAGCACAGACUACGGAAAGCACGAGAAUGCCACGCAGACACUGCUCCGGAAACUGGAGAACAUCGAUUUGGAUCUGGCCAGCUACAAGCCCAGGAUGUUGAAACUGAGGGAAACGGGGAAGAAUCUAUCCAGCACGAACCACCCUGACAGGCACAUGAUAAUGAAGCGGCUUCAGGACGUGGAGGGUGAGUAUGAGAUUCUCCUGCUGUUGGCGGAAACCCUGCGCAAGAGACUGCUGGACCGGUAUCAGCUCUACCACUUUGAGCAAGAGGUGCAGGAACUAGCUACGUGGCUGUCCAGCAAACAGCGCCUGGCAGAUUCGGAGGACUAUGGCCAAGAUCUGGAAGAUGUGGAGCUGCUGCAGAAGACGUUUGAGCACUUGGAGCAAGAGCUGAGUAGCCUGGGACAGAACAAGUUGUCUGCUUUCCACGAGCUGGUCAAAUCACUGAGGAGACAGAGCCACAGCUUCAUGCAGGAGGUCACGGAGCAGGCUGAUCAGAUUCACCAGCAAUGGGACACACUCCAGCAAGCCGUCAGAGACCGGGCUGAGAAUCUGAAGGCAGCGCAACAAGUUCACCGAUUCGAUUAUGAUGUAUCUGAUCUGAAGGCUUGGAUCCAGGAGAAGGCCAGCACGCUGGCCACAGACGACCUUGGUCACGACUUGAAUUGUGUACAAAUGUUGCUCCGGCAACACGAAGGUGUGGAGAGGGAGCUGAGUGCCAUCAGCAGUGAAGUUGAACGAGUUGACGAAGAGGCCAAACGAUUGGGCCAGAUGUACCCACACGUCAGGGAGAACCUGCAAGUGCGUCUGGAAGAGGUGGCAACGUCUUGGGAUGGCCUGCGCCGGAAGGCCAGGGAAUGGAAGGAGAAGCUGGUCGAAGCGGAGCAGAUCGAGGCUUACAUCAGCGAAUGCCGAGUUUUCAUGUCCUGGGUGAAUGAGAUGGAUACAUUGCUGGAUACAGAGGAACAGGCCAUGGGGACUGUGGAUGUUGUUCAGCUGUGCAAGCGUCACAAGGAGCACAAGCGAGAGAUCGACAAACAAAGGGGAAGAUAUGAAGAGCUGCAAACGACCGGAAUCGAGCUGAGAGAGAACAGGCACAUCCUGUCGAAAGAGAUUGACGAGAAGUUGAACAAAAUGUCCGAGCAGGUGGAGCAGGUGAUGAAGAAAUGGGAGGGACAAGAAGCUCUGUACGAGGAGGAAUUGUGGAAGCAGGCUCAGCUCAGGGAUCUUGAACUGAUGGCAGCCUGGUUGGGCUCCAAGGAAGGACUCAUAUCCGGCAACAAUUUGGGGGAUUCCGUCAGUGAAGUGGAAGAUUUAAUUAAGAAACACGAAGAUUUUGAGAAGAUGCUGGCUGCUCAAGACGAGAAGUUUGGCCAAUUGGAAAACACAAGCAAGGAAGAAACCGUCCACAGGGACACGAGCUUUAAGGACAAAGGAAGAAAAGUGGCCCGGGUUCCUUCCCUGAAGAGAAAGGGAUCAGACAAAAGGACAUCACCCUUGCGGAUCCUUGAGAAGCGCAAGUCAGAUACAGAGAGAAUGCCUAGAUCCUGGUCCAAAGAGAUAGUUGUGAGCCCUGCUCCAAAGUCCCCCUCAACCUCGGAACUUUUCUUCUCGCCGAACAUGAGGACUGUGCCCCCCCUGAGGAAUCCAGACGUGGCCGCUGAGAGGCAGACGGUCGUUCAAUCGCCUUUGUCGUCAAAGCCUUUUGCUCUCCGCAGUUCAGAAGUAGAGAGUCCCACAAAGAGACUAUCAGACCCGAUCAGGCCCAUAUCCGACAUCGUACGCAGCCCGCUUCCCAGGAUUCCCUCCGGUAGUUGCCUGGAGCAAUCAUCUGAAGACUCAACCUCACCAACAAGGGCAGAGUCACCCACUAAAUCAGAGUCCCAAAGCCCCCCGUUUGACUCCCCCUCAAGCGGGUUUCAAAUGAGGAGGCAGUCUUCGCAGGAUAGUCUUUCCGGAGAUCAGUCAGGACAAAAUGGACAAACCAAAGGCUGCUCCGCUGAUCCGGUGACCAUCCCGAAGGAAGAUCCGGUGGCCAUCCCGAAGGAAGAUCCAGUGGCCAUCCCGAAGGAUGCUCCGAUGGCCAUCCCAAAGGAAGAUCCAGUGACCAUCCCAAAGGAAGAUCCGGUGGCCGUCCCGAAGGAGAGGCUGGAGAUUGAUGGGCCCGAGAAUGUGGCAUCAGCAUCACUCUCCACGGUUCACCCCGUUCCUAAGCUGCCAAGCUCACCAAGAACACAAAACAAUGAGCAGGAUGCUACAGGAUUCCUGACCAUGGAGGGAACACUUUGCCAAAAGCAGGUCCUGCAAUCCAAUGCAACUGAGACUGACUCCAUCGCCUGGGAUACCUGUUUUGUGAUUCUAGCAGAUCAAGCUCUCUGCUUCUACAAGAACAGGACUCAGAGUUUGAAGGGUUCCCCAUGUUUACCCUCCCUCACUAUCGUUGAGGCAACAUGCGAGAAGAUUGCUGAUUCCACAAAGGAGCAUACUUUCCACCUACGGCUUAGUGAUGGGGCUGAAUAUCGUUUCUCUGCUCCUUCGUGCGCUCUGAAGGAUGAGUGGAUUGAAAAGAUCAGGAACAACGCAGGGUUGGUUGAAGCGAGUCCAUCUCCUGCCAAUGGCACCUCUCCUUCACAGUCUCCACAGCAACCCUGGGAACUGCCCCAGGUGAAGUCACUCCUCGCUGUAGGGACACCUACCAGGACAGGAACCUCCCCAUCGAGGGUGGGGAACAGCAAAGAUUUCCUCCCCAGGAGAACCCCGUCUUUCAGAGUUAAGCGGGGCGCUUCAUCAGAUGAGUCCACAUUGGCAAGGAGCACUCCAGCCCACCCCCGAAACAGUGGCACCCCGUUGGGAAAAGACGGGAUAGACAGUCCCUUGGUACCUCAAACAAACGCAGGAAGUGAGAUGUUGGCAUCAGCCGCCCCACCAAAACCUCCACACGUCUACUACAACAUCCACCCGUACCCAGAGGCCGGGCAACAGCUGAACACAGCUCGAGACAAGACCCUGGGAAGUAGCCCCGACCUGCGCGUAGUGCACAGGGUGCCGAGUCCCUCCAGGAGUAGCGAGAAAGACGAGAGCCGGAGGAAGACGUGGGACUCGGGGAGGGCCGAGGCAGACAGCACAACGCCGCCCUGGAACCAUUCACUGGACAGGGAAACGGAGGGCAAGAAAAAGAGAAAAAAUGUGUUCAAGAAGCUUUUUGUAAAGAAGUAACUUGAAGUUGCCUCUGUCUUGCUCUCUGACUGCAAUGUAUUUACUCAGGACUUGCCCAGUGCCAGCUUCCACCACUGAUCAAUCCAGAGCAUGUGUUGGGUGUCCAUCUGCUGCAACCUUCUCCAAAGCUGCUGACUGCUGCGUCCGAUUAGAUUAAAGCAAAGAUCUGAAUGGAAGCUCCAUGAGACCAAAGGGGAUUGAGACACUUGUAUAUGGGUAAAGUGGGGCCAUUCUUUCCCCUGCUCUUCCCAACUAAAUGAAUGACCGAAUUUCAAUGAAGCCAGUAAAAAAGUUGAUAUUCUGCCUCGUGAACACAAAGAUCUUGGUUCACCGGGCUACUGAGACGGCAAAUGCACCCGGCGGGGAGGGGAGAGGAGGGGGCUUGCUGCAACUGCAGAGACCCUGGAUGUGUCC